UUUUUAAUUUUUCGUAUUACUACAAAUACAUGACAUAUAUAUGCAUUUUUAUUUAUAACGAUAAUAUAAUAUUGUUACCAUAGUUACAUCGUAAGUAUGAGUGUUCGAUACGUCGAAGUUCAAGGAUUAUCAUAUUGUGAGGUGUAAUAAUUACAAAUUUGACACAAAUAUUUAAUUAUUCAUUAAUAUAGAUUUAUAAUAUUUUUUUAUAAAACUGUAUCUUUCUUUUGUCAUAAUUAGCACGUGAUUAAUGGAAAGUUAACGUAAGUCACUUUUCUAUGUAAAGAAGGCUAACGUACAUAACUUUAUGACAGCCUAAAAAUGCUUAUUAUUAUUUUUUUUUAAUCAAAAGAUAAAAAAUGACGGAUAAAAGAUUUGUUUGUAAUAAUACAUUUCCAACUAUAUCAUGGAUACCGGUAGUAGAAGAUUGUGUAAAUUCGGCAACAGAAAUAACCAAGGUAUUAGAAUAUGCUAAAUAUCCAAAACUAUUAAAAGAUCAAUUAUGGACAAAGGCAGUACCAUAUAAAUAUUGGUCUACUUAUACGAAACCAAGUGAAGGAAUAGGAAGUAUAUAUACUCCAACUUCAGCACAAUAUCGUGUAAAUACUUUAACAAAAAAGAAAAAGCCAUUAGAUUGUUUACCAUUUGGAGUCAAAAACAAGUUAAGGAUGCCACCACGCGAAUAUAUUGAAUUGUAUAAAGAAGAAAGACGACGAAAAAUAACAAGGAAGUUCAAACAAGAACGAAAUAUUCUUUCGAAAAAUAUUAUUAAUUUGAAAGAUUUGGCAGAUGGUUCAUGGUCACGUAGAAAAGCUGAAAAAGAGGCUAAUCAAAAUAUUGAGAAUAAAGAAUUAUUGAAGGAACAAAAAAAUAAAUUGAAGAAAAACAUUCCAGGGAAAGAAAUUUUGCGAAAUAAUGAAGUAGAAAUGCCAAGGUCAAUCGAAGAUCAAUUAGAAGAAUUGAUGAUUCGGGUUGAGGAAGAGCAAAAUCGAAAGAUACGAGACGAAGAUAUUGAAAGGCUUUUGUACUUAAGAAAUGAAUGCAUUGCCGAUCAUCAUUUAGAACCAUAUAAUUAUGAUAAUAUUGAGAAUGCGAAAAAAUUUAUCAUUGGUAGAUUACGCAAAUGUGAGGAUUUUAACGGAAUAAUUAAAAAAUUAGAAGGAGAAAUAAUUGAUGAUUAUAAAAAGAGUCUCUGUUAUUCCAUAGUCAAUUAUAUUCUUUUGGAUGCCGAUGAAAGAAAACGUUUGCUUAUAGAGACAAUGCCUAUAGAAUAUCCUGUUUUAGUUAUCCGUGCUCCAGUACCAUGGCAUCAAUAUAAAAUUCUAGCUGAGCAUUUUAUGGAACAUAAUCUUUUUAUAACGAACGAGAUAUUGAAAGAUAUUCGCGACUUAUGGUUUUCUAAAUAUUAUAACAUCAUGAUUUUACAAAUUCAAGACUUGGGAACAUUCCCUGUGGCAGCCACGGAAAUUGAAUCAAAAAUAAACGAAUUGUGCAACAAUGCUGUUAAUAUAUUAACAAAAAAAUGGUUAGCUGACGUAGCUGAUAUUUUUUUUAAGAAAAAAUAUGCUUGGUCGGGACUUUUUGAAAAGGAGCUACACGCAUCAACGAGUUUAAUCGAAAAAUAUUUUCGAGCUGUUAAUUCUUUGUUGUCAAGACAGUUAAGAAUCAUGGUAUUGAAAACUAUACAACAUUUGAGAAAUUUUUUUAUGCAGUAUAGAACGGGAAAUUAUUAUGAAGGCGAUUAUGAAGAUAUGAUGUUUAUUAAACCCCCUUUCAUAACAGUGAACGUAGAAGUGGAAGUUGGAACAAUGAGUGUGUGUUGUAAACCAAGUAUUUUGGAUAUACAUACUAUCAUUUCUAGAUGUUUCAAUAAAAUUCUUAACGUUGCUAUGGUCUUACCCAAAAUCGAGGUGAUUUUAUUUCCUGAAUUGGAUCAAAAGGGUUUUCUGUUCUCAAUAUCACGAUAUGAAGACGAGGUAUUGAUGUUAAUUACCGAUACAUUAGAUACGAUCAGCGCACACAUUCCUGGCCCACGGGAAUAUCUUAAGUGUUAUGAUGAUUUAUUAUACAUCAUAGAUGGAAGAGCAAAGAAGAAUUUAGAUGAUUUCUUUAAUAUUCAACCAUUUCCAGUUUUGAGAGAGUUCGAGCAAAAGAUCGUGUCCUACGAUAAUUUAAGCAAAGAAAUAUCUAUGUUUCGAUACAAGAUACCUCUGAAUAUGAUUGAAAUUGAUUGCACCAUUGUAAACGAUAUCAUGCGACAAAUACUUCAUGAACUUCGUACAAAAAUUUGUGAUUUUUUCGCGGAUGAAUUAAGACUGAACAAUCGUGAAUUGUGCUCUAUUUUUGAUGAAAUAGCAGAGAAUAUUUCAAAAAUGCCAGAAACGACGCAGGAAGUAGUGGAGCUUUAUAAUUAUCUUUGUGAAAGUCGAGAUACUACAAUGUUUAAUUUGAAGACUCGAUUGGCACGUUCUACGGAAUUGACUUUGUUUCUUUUUAAUUAUCAACCAUUGACGGAUGAAGACAUUCAAUUGAAUUCGCGUACGAUUACGUGGCCCAAAGAAAUGGAAAACAUAAUGGAUUUAGCAACGACUAGAUUGAACAUGAGAAAAGAAUUUCUUGAAAGUGUACUGCGAACAAGACGAGAUAAUUUUGAGAAGAAAAUAAAUACUAUGCAAAUAGCGAUCGAACGAUUCAAAAGAAAGGAUCCGCCUGUAUUGACUAUGGAAGAAAUGGAACGGGCAACUGAGGAGGUUGAGCAAUUAUCGAAGGAUAUGGCGGAUAUAAGAAAAGAAGCAGAAGAGAUUAACGAAGAGGAGACUCUUCUCGAGAUAGAAUUAAGUCCAUAUAUGACGAUACCUGCGAUGUCAUCUAUUAUGGAUGUCUUCAAUAAAUUAUGGCACAUUGCAUUGAAUUUCUACAAGAAUUACGAAAAAUGGUUUUACGGAUCAUUCGUUGGGCUUGACGCCGAUGAGAUUCGCGAGGAGGUUGACGAGAUCUGGAGAACGCUCUACAAAUUGUCUCGCGUGCUCAGUGAUAUUCCUGGUGCAAGACGCGUCGCUGAAAUGGUACGUGCUAAAGUCGAAAAAUUCCAACAGUUUAUUCCAGUUCUUCAAACGAUUUGUACUCCUGGUUUAGAAGCUCGACAUUGGGAACAAAUUAGUGAAAUUGUUAAAGUACCUAUAGAGAUCUCAGAUACUAGUUGUCUUUUCGACAUGAUUGAAUACGGUCUAUCUAUUCACAUAGAAAAACUUGAAGAAAUUUCAUCUGCUGCUACUAAAGAACACGCACUGUUGAAAAACUUGCAAAAGAUGAAAAGUGAAUGGGCCGAAAUUUAUUUUGAAUUAACAUUAUAUCGGGAUACUGGUGUAAACAUACUGACGGCAAUAGAUGAUAUUCAAAUGCUAUUAGACGAUCAUAUAUUGACAGCUCAGACAAUGAGAGGUUCAGUUUUUGUGAAGGCUUUUGAAAGAGAUAUGCAAGCUUGGGAAGAAAAAUUAAUCAUGAUGCAGGAUAUUAUUGAUCAGUGGUUGACAUGUCAAGCUACUUGGAUGUACCUUGAACCAAUAUUUAGUAGCGAAGAUAUAAUGCGUCAAAUGCCUACAGAGGCUAAGAACUUUAGACGAAUUGACAAGAUUUGGCGUAAUAUUAUGACAUAUGUGACGAACAAUACAAGGGUUAUAGAUGCUACUACCAAGCCAAAUAUGUUGCAAGAAUUUAUGCUCUGCAAUACUUUAUUGGAAGAGAUACAGAAAGGCUUAAAUGACUACCUAGAAAAGAAACGUUUGUUCUUUCCAAGAUUUUUCUUCUUAUCUAACGAUGAGUUAUUGGAGAUUCUUUCAGAGACGAAGGAUCCGCAAAGAGUACAGCCACAUUUAAAAAAGUGUUUCGAAGGUAUAAAUAAGUUACGUUUCACUAAAGAAGAAGAUAUAAUCGGAAUGUUAUCGAGUGAGGAAGAAUACGUACCGUUUAGUGGAAAGAUUUAUCCUGCCGAUGCAAAAGGCAUGGUUGAAAGAUGGUUGUGUCAAGUAGAGGAACUCAUGAUCGCAUCUCUUCGCGAUAUUGCCGAGCAGAGUCUAAUUUCAUAUUUCGAAACCGUGCGCGAAGAAUGGAUACUGUCUUGGCCUGGUCAAAUAAUUAUUUGCUGCAAUCAAAUUCAUUGGACCAAUGAAGUAUGUGAAUCAUUCGAAGAUGAAUCAACGACAGAUUAUUUGAAAAAGUGUGGCUAUCAAAUAGAAAAAACUGUGGCUCUUGUUCGAGGCAAGCUGGAUCCAGGUGCUCGUGUAACUUUAAAUGUUCUUAUCGUGAUCGAUGUACAUGCAAGAGACGUGGUGAACUUGCUCAUUGAAGAAAAUGUUAGAGAUGUAAUGGAUUUUAAGUGGAUAUCACAAUUGCGUUAUUAUUGGAUCGACAACAGCAUUACGGUUGCGAUGAUCACGACUGAACUUCAGUAUGCUUUUGAGUAUCUUGGAAACACACCACGUUUAGUAAUAACACCUUUAACAGAUCGUUGCUACAGAACGCUUAUGGGUGCACUGAAACUAAACUUAGGUGGAUCACCCGAAGGUCCAGCGGGUACUGGAAAAACUGAAAGUGCAAAAGAUUUGGCGAAAGCGGUAGCUAAGCAAUGUGUAGUCUUUAAUUGUUCCGAUGGUCUCGAUUACAAAGCAAUGGGGAAGUUCUUUAAGGGCAUAGCACAAUCCGGUGCUUGGGCAUGCUUCGAUGAAUUUAAUCGCAUAGAACUUGAGGUUCUUUCUGUUAUUGCUCAACAGAUUCUAUCUAUACAGAUGGCGAUAAGUAUGGAAAUGGAAAAAUUCAUAUUCGAAGGUACAGAAAUAAAGUUAAAUCCUAGUUGUUACAUUAUGAUUACAAUGAAUCCUGGUUACGCUGGACGUCAAGAACUUCCAGAUAAUUUGAAGGUACUCUUUCGAACCGUUGCUAUGAUGGUACCAGAUUACAUUAUGAUAGGAGAGAUUACUCUUUAUUCUUAUGGUUUCACAAAUGCUAAGAAUCUUGCUGAAAAAAUAGUUCAUACAUACAAGUUGUGUUCGGAACAAUUAAGCUCACAAAAUCAUUAUGAUUACGGUAUGCGAGCAGUAAAAACUGUUCUUAUUGCUGCUGGCAAUUUGAAACUGAAACAUCCAACACGAGACGAGUCAGUUAUAGUUUUGCGAGCAAUCGUGGAUGUGAAUCUUCCAAAGUUUUUAGCUCAAGAUGUACCUUUGUUUGAGGGAAUAUAUAGUGAUCUAUUUCCAGGAGUUGUCUUGUCUCAACCUGAUCGUGGAGAACUUAUAGACCUUCUCCAAAUUAAUCUAAAGAAGAGAAAUCUUCAACCUACUUCUUGGUACAUAGAAAAAAUCAUACAAAUUUACGAAAUAAUAUUAGUACGUCAUGGAUUGAUGAUCGUUGGCAGUGCAUUAGGAGGAAAAACUCAAGCAUAUCAAACAUUAGCAGAAUCAUUGGGUAAUCUCGCUGGAAUAAGAAGAGCCACUAUGAAAGAAUUUAGAACAAUCUAUAGGAUUAUCAAUCCAAAAGCUAUUUCACUCAAUCAACUGUAUGGCAGCUUUGAUCCGAUAUCUCAUGAAUGGAGCGAUGGUGUAUUGGCAAAUACUUUUCGUGAGUUUGCACUAUCUAUGUCGGUUGAACGAAAAUGGAUUGUCUUUGAUGGACCAGUGGAUGCGGUAUGGAUUGAAAGUAUGAAUACUGUUCUGGAUGACAAUAAAAAGCUCUGUUUAAUGUCCGGUGAAAUUAUUCAAAUGUCUAAAAAAAUGAAUAUAAUAUUCGAGCCAGCCGAUUUAGAACAUGCAUCACCAGCCACUGUUAGCAGAUGUGGAAUGAUUUAUAUGGAACCUUCUCAGCUAGGCUGGAUAUCCUUCUUUGAAUCUUACAAGAAAUAUCUCAAAGAGAAAUUACUUGUAGAGCAAUUCGAACUUAUAGUGGAAAUCAUUGAAUGGUUAAUUGAACCAGUCUUAACGUUUAUCAAAUAUAACUGCAUGACAUUCAUCGAUACGUCGGAACUUCAUAUGUUUUUGUCAUUGACAAGGCUUUUGACUACAAUGCUAGAAGAAGAGAUUCAAGUUAGUACAGUUUGGUUACAAUGUGUGCUUUUAUUCUGUAUAAUUUGGGGUAUUUGUUCAACAUUAACCGGCGAUAGCAGGAAAAUAUUUGACGUCUAUUUUCGGAAACUGUUGCUUGGUAAUAUAGAUAAAUAUCCACGACCAAAAGCAUUCAAGCUGACGAAACAACAACUAUUUCCUGAUAGAGAUACUGUUUAUGACUGGGUGUACGAUAAAAGAAACAAUGGAUGUUGGAUAUCAUGGAUGGAUACUAUAGCGCAAGCACCUUUACCAGCACAUGCUAAAGCAAGCAAUCUCAUUAUUCAAACAACUCAAGUUUCUAUGCAAUAUUUCUUUAUCAAGAAUUUUUUAUACAAGAAUAUUCCGAUACUAUUUGUGGGGCCAACCGGUACCGGCAAAUCAGCUAUAAUUCUCAAUUAUUUAAAAGAAUUACCACGAGAGCAAUAUAUCGAAAAUAUAAUAAACUUUAGUGCACGUACCAGUGCUUCGCAAACUCAAGAGAUUGUAAUCUCAAAGCUAGAUCGAAGAAGAAAAGGAGUUUAUGGGCCAGCGAUGGGUAAGAAGUGUGUGCUUUUUGUAGACAAUUUGAGUAUGCCACUGAAGGAAACAUACGGAGCACAACUACCUAUCGAACUCUUACGUCAGUUUAUAGAUCAUGGUUAUUGGUUCGAUGUGAAAGAAUUGAGUAUAUUAUAUCUAGUAGAUAUUUUAUUAAUCGCAGCUAUGCUACCACCGGGAGGUGGUUCCAACGUUGUAACUCACCGACUGACUCGUCACAUGCAUAUAAUUGGCAUAGAAUUCUUCGAAGAGGCAACAUUGAGUAAGAUUUUUACUUCGAUUUUCGAGUGGCAUUUCGCAAAAGGCUUCAUACCGGAAGUUUCUCGAUUGGGAAAGAUGAUUGUUAACGCUACCAUGGACAUAUUUCUUACAGCUAUUGAAAGAUUUUUACCUACGCCAGCUAAAAGUCAUUAUACCUUUAAUUUGCGUGAUUUUAGUCGUGUGGUCGAGGGUAUAUUAUUGGUACCAGGAGAAAAAUUGAAAGAUCCCGAUAAACUCAUCAGAUUAUGGAUACACGAAGUAUAUAGAGUUUUUCACGACAGGCUUAUUGAUGAUGAUGAUCGUGAAAUGCUUUUCACCAUGGUAAAGCAUACAUGUUAUGAACACUUGCGUCAACCAUUGGAAAAAGUUCUUUCCAGUUUCUUAAAAGAGGAUGAAAAGGCAAUAAAGAGCGCUCACAUUCAUGACUUGUUCUUCGGAAAUUAUAUGGAACCCGAUACUGAUCCUAAGAUUUACGACGAAGUAACGAACUUGGAGGAUUUACAGGAGAAAAUGGAGUAUUAUUUAAAAGAGUACAAUAUGACAUCGAGGACACCAAUGUCGCUUAUUUUUUUUAGAUUUGCCAUCGAACAUAUUUCUCGUAUUUCUCGCGUGCUAUUGCAAGACAAUGGCCAUGCAUUGCUCGUUGGAAUUGGUGGUUCAGGUCGAAAUUCAUGUACGAAAUUAGCGACUAGUAUGUGCGAAUAUAUAUUGUAUCAAGUAGAAAUGUCUAGAACUUACGGAAAUACUGAAUGGCGAGAAGAUUUAAAGCAACUUUUGUUACGUAUUGGAUGCGAUGGAAAGCCUACGGUUUUUCUCUUUGGAGACAAUCAAAUAAAAGAUGAAACUUUCGUCGAAGACAUAAAUAUACUUCUUAAUACUGGCGAUGUACCGAAUUUAUAUGGUACUGAAGAGAUGGCUGAGAUUUUGGAAAAAAUGAUGAGUGUAGCGAGAGGGAUGGGUGGUAGGAAAAUUGAGACGACGCCGAUGAUGCUUUACAAUCUUUUCAUCGAAAGAAUUAAGAAAAAUCUUCACAUAGUUCUCACUAUGUCACCGAUCGGCGAUGCCUUUAGAAAUCGAAUUAGGAUGUUUCCUUCUCUCAUAAAUUGUUGUACCAUAGAUUGGUACACUUUAUGGCCAGAGGAUGCCCUAGAAAAAGUAGCUAGAACGUCAUUACAAAAUCUGAAUAUCGGCUCAGAAUUACGAGAAAAAUGUGUUCACAUUUGUAAAGAAUUUCACACAAGUGUUUUCGUAGCGAGCGAGGAUUAUUAUAAGAAUCAUCAUAGAAGAUAUUACGUAACGCCCACAAGUUUUCUACAACUUAUCGCAUCUCUGUACAGACUUUACGGAGAAAAAAUCAAUCAAAUUACAAAGCAACAAAAUCGAUACAUUACUGGAUUAGAAAAGUUGGAUUUUGCAGCAGGUCAAGUCGCUGUCAUGCAAGAAGAAUUGAGAACAUUACAACCAAAAUUAGUAGCACAGUCACAGUUGAGUGAUAAACUGAUGAUAAGAAUCGAGCAAGAUACUAUUAAUGUAGAAGCUAGAAAAGAGAUAGUGGCUGCAGAUGAAGCAUUGGCUAAUGAAGCUGCUGCAGCCGCUCAAGCUAUUAAAGAUGACUGCGAGAGUGAUUUAGCCGAAGCAACGCCUGCAUUAGAGGCAGCUCUUUCAGCAUUGAAUACCUUAAAACCAGCAGAUAUUACUAUCGUAAAAUCCAUGAAGAGUCCACCAGCAGGUGUUAAAUUAGUUAUGGAGGCUGUUUGUGUAUUAAAAGGUGUAAAGCCUGACAGAGUACAGGAUCCAAAAACCGGUAAAACUGUUGAAGAUUAUUGGCUAGCCUCCAUUAGAAUGCUCAGUGAUAUGAAAUUCCUCGACAGUUUAAAGAAUUUUGAUAAGGAUAAUAUUCCAUCUGCGUAUAUGAAAAUAAUUCGUGAAAAAUUUAUUAAUGACAGAAGUUUUCAGCCUGAAGCGAUUAAGAAGGUAUCUACUGCUUGCGAAGGUCUUUGUAAAUGGGUGCGUGCUAUGGAAGUUUAUGACCGCGUUAUCAAAGUCGUUGCACCAAAAAGAGCAAUGUUGGCCGAAGCCGAGGCCGAAUUAGCUGCUCAAAUGGAAAUGUUAAAUGCGAAAAGAGCUCUUCUCCAGGAAGUAACGCAAAAAUUGCAAUCUCUGAAUGAUGAAUUUGCGGAAUGUAUGAGAGAGAAAAAGAAGCUUGAGGAUCAGAUUGAUUAUUGUACUCAGAAGUUAGAUAGAGCUGAAAAAUUAUUAGGUGGUCUAAGCGGAGAAAAAAGUAGGUGGAGCGAAACAGCCGUUGCUCUUGGUACCAACCUUCAAAGCGUUAUUGGAGAUGUAUUGUUGUCUUCCGGUGUUGUUGCUUAUUUAGGUGCCUUUACCGUAGAAUAUAGAAAUGAUCUUAUAGCUCAAUGGCAUGCAUCGUGCACAAGAGAAAAUAUUCCAUGUGGAAAGCAUUUCAGCUUGAUAGACAUCCUUGGUGAACCAGUGAAGAUCAGAUCAUGGACGAUCUAUGGUUUACCUGCGGACAAUUUUUCUAUUGAAAAUGGUAUAAUUGUAAAGAAUGCCGAUCGAUGGCCACUUAUGAUAGAUCCACAAAAUCAAGCGAAUAAAUGGGUGAAGAACAUGGAAAAAGAAAACAAAUUGACUGUUAUAAAACUCACCGAUCCUAACUACGUGAAAGUCGUAGAAACUGCAUUGCAAUUUGGUACACCAGUCUUGCUGGAAAAUAUUCUCGAAGAUAUAGAUGCAAUAUUGGAACCUGUGUUGCUUAAGAACAUAUAUAAACAAAGAGGUGUAUUAUACAUAAAAUUUGGCGAAAAUGUACUCGAAUAUAAUUCGAAUUUCCGCUUCUAUAUCACGACUCGUCUUAGGAAUCCUCAUUACCUACCAGAUGUAGUUGUAAAAGUAACACUGUUAAAUUUUAUGAUUACACCUCAAGGUCUGCAGGAUCAGCUUUUAGGAAUAGUUGUCGCACAGGAAUUACCGGUUCUCGAAGAAAAAAAAAAUCAAUUAAUCGUUGAAGGUGCAAAUAAUCGACGCAUAUUAAAAGAGAUAGAAGAUAAAAUAUUGGAGGUCUUAUCGAUGUCGGAAGGAAAUAUAUUGGAGGAUGAAACAGCUAUAAAAAUACUUUCCACUUCAAAAGUUUUGUCAGAAGAUAUCGAAACUAAACAAGAUGUAGCGGCUAAAACAGCAGUCGAAAUCGAUCAAGCUCGUGAUGGUUAUAAACCAGUCUCUAAGCAUGGCUCGGUUCUUUUCUUUUGUAUUUCUGAAUUAGGUAACGUCGAUCCCAUGUAUCAGUAUUCAUUGUCAUGGUUUAUUCAUCUUUAUAUCAUGUCAAUAACCAACAGUGAACAAUCCAAUAGUUUAAAUAUACGAAUAAAAUAUCUUAACUCUCAUUUCACCGCAAGUAUUUACAGAAACAUAUGUCGUUCCCUCUUUGAAAAACAUAAAUUGAUGUUUUCGCUAAUCCUGUGCGUUGGUCUUAUGCGUGCCGAAGAAAAAUUAAACGAGGAUUUAUGGGCAUUUCUGCUAACAGGCGGAGUUGCGCUGGACAAUCCUUAUCCGAAUCCAGUACCAUCUUGGCUUUCUGAUAAAUGCUGGUCGGAAGUAGUGCAAGCCUCCACUUUAUCUGGUAUGAAAAAAUUAAGGAUAUCGUUAGAACAAAAUAUUUCAAUGUGGAAAGAGUGCUAUGACUCCUCGAAUCCGCAAAAGCAAACUUUACCAGCACCAUUUGAACAAUUAGAAGGAUGGAAUCUUGAAAAACUUAUUAUUAUUCGAUGUAUCAGACCUGACAAGAUCGUGGCAGCAGUCCAAAUAUUUAUAAUAGAAAAUAUGGAUCAAUCGUUCGUUGAGCCCCCGCCGUUUGAUCUUCAAGGAUCUUACAAUGAUUCUAGUAACGUCACUCCUUUGAUAUUCAUACUUUCUCCGGGUUCCGAUCCAAUGGCAGGUCUAAUUAAAUUCGCGGAAGAUAAUGGCUUGUCGAAACAAGACCUCAUGACCAUUUCAUUAGGUCAAGGUCAAGGUCCAAUAGCAACCAAUAUGAUCGAAGAAAGUAUCAAAAGCGGUAAAUGGGUCAUUUUGCAGAAUUGCCAUCUUGCUAUUUCCUGGAUGAAGGAAUUGGAUAGAAUUUGUGACGAAAUUAUUGUACCAGAAAACACGCACCUUAAAUUUCGGCUCUGGCUUACCAGUUAUCCGUCCGAUGAAUUUCCCGUUUCUAUCUUACAGAACGGCGUUAAAAUGACAAACGAACCUCCAAAGGGCUUGAAGAAUAAUUUACUGCGCAGUUAUUUGAAUGAUCCUAUCUCUGACAUGAAAUUCUUUCAUAGUUCUUCCAAAAUUUUUGAAUGGAGAAGUCUUUUAUUUUCUUUAUGUUUCUUUCAUGCUGUAGUUCAAGAAAGACGAAACUUUGGACCGCUAGGAUGGAACAUUCCUUACGAAUUUAACGAGUCUGAUUUACGCAUUAGCAUUUUACAACUGCAGCUGUUUCUAAACGAUUAUGACAAUAUACCAUUCGAAGCGCUUCUAUAUCUAACAGGAGAGUGCAAUUACGGAGGACGAGUAACUGAUGAUAAGGACAGACGUUUACUUAAUUCGUUAUUAAAAAAUUUCUAUAAUCCAGAAGUCGUUACAAAUAGGAAAUAUUCCUUCUCUCCAAGUGGAAUUUAUCAUUUACCUGAAGACACCGAUUACGAAGGCUGUAUCGAAUAUAUACGAAAUUUACCUAUUAAUCAGACGCCUGAAGUAUAUGGCUUGCAUGAUAAUGCAGAUAUUUCAAAAGAUAAUCAAGAAUCGAUGCAAUUACUUUCGGAUGUUCUCUUGACACAACCACAAAUAAGUGGAGUAGGCGUUGAACGAGAUUUGGAUGAAACGGUAUAUAAUCUUGCUGCCGAUAUAUUAUCGAAAGUGCCAUCUCAAUUCAAUAUGGUAUACGUUACGGAAAAAUAUCCUGUGCUCUAUAUAAAUAGUAUGAACACUGUUUUACGUCAGGAACUUAUUAAAUUUAAUCAGUUAACAAACGUUAUAAAGAGUACGUUAGCGAAUAUACAGAAAGCCAUAAAAGGUCAAGUAGUAAUGUCAUCCGAACUGGAGGAAAUAUUUAUCAGUAUGAGUAUCGGUAAAGUACCUUCUGCAUGGAAUAGAAAAUCGUAUUCUUCUUUGAAACCAUUAGGAAGUUACAUAAACGAUCUAUUAGCAAGAAUAGAAUUUUUACAAGAUUGGAUCGAUAAUGACGCACCAGUUGUAUUUUGGAUCUCCGGUUUCUUUUUUACUCAGUCCUUUCUUACUGGCGUUUUACAGAAUUAUGCUCGCAAGUAUAAGAUACCUAUUGACCUGAUAGAGUUUGAUUUUGAAGUUACUAAAUUCGAAACGACGAUUGAUAGUUCACCACCUCUUGGAGUUUACAUAAGGGGUCUUUUCCUGGAAGGUUCAAGAUGGAACAGAGAAACAGCUUCGCUCGAUGAAUCAAAACCAAAAAUUAUGUUCGAUCCUUUGCCUAUAAUUUGGUUGAAACCGAAAUUGAAAUCCGAACUCCAGUUUUCAUCAGUUUACUUUUGUCCCAUUUAUAAGACGAGUGCGCGACGUGGUAUUUUAGCAACUACAGGACAUUCUUCUAACUUUGUUAUGUUCAUUCUUCUUCCAACAUUAAUCGAUGAAUCACAUUGGAUAAACAGAGGUGUCGCCAGUCUUUGUCAGCUAGAUGAUUAAAGUAUUUUUCCUGAAAUAAUUAGUUUUAUUUUAAAUAAGACCAAAGUUUUAAUUGUACUGGCUACAACAAUUAUCCUAUAUAAAUAUUGUUUUCCAUGCAAAAUGAUAUAAACAAAAUGUAAUGACAAAAAAGCUAGUCACUUUAGAUUUUAUUAUAAAUAUAUAUAUUUAUCUGCAACAAAUCGCCAUAUUUUAUCUCAUUUCAAAUAUAUUAAUGUUUUCAUACGAAAUAUAUAUAUAUAUAUAAUAUCAUUCUAUAUAUAUAUAUGUACAUAGAAUGAGAAAAUCUAUACAUAACUGCUUAUCCUUUUAAAAGUCAACUGUAAUAACAACGAAGUUAGAAGUGCUUCAUUGAUCAUGUAAAUAUAAUACCUUAAAUCUAUAGUCUACCCAACAAAUCAAGUCAGUAAAGGUAAAUAAAACAUUCGCAUAUUAAUCACGUGAUAGAUACAAAAGAUUCCAGCUAUUGGCUAAUAAACAAUGAUGAAUCAUUGAACUCGGAAACGAAAUUACAUAGGUCAUAUUUAAGACUUGCUUUGAUUUUCUGUUCCGAAAGUGUUACCAGUAUCUGAAAGUUGUGGAUAUGCCUUGUCCCAAUUACGUACAUUCGUUUAUCUUUGCUGAAUCGACUCUUUGGACAGACUGUAAUUCUAUCGUUAUCUUAUAAAUGCUUGAUAAAGAUAUCAUAGAAGUCUUUCUCAUCGUCAGGUACAUAACCGAAUGCAUAAAUGUUUUUCUACAAAGAAAAUCAAAUUUAUAUAAUUCCUUUCGAUUCUCUUUGUAGAACAUUGGUCUGAACGUUCUAUGGAAGUUAACCAUAUAUAUAUAUAUAUAUAUAUAUAUAUAUAAAUGACGAUCACUCUGUUACAGUCUUUUCUUUGUAGAAAAUUACAUUACUUAAUCAGAUUAAAAACUUACAUCUAGAACAUUUAUCAUUUUCUAUUAAUAACAAUCGAUAUAAUUAUUUUAAUAAUAUUUAAUAACAUCUAAUCGUUCGAAUUUAUAAUAUCUUUCAAAUAUUUGUAUAAAUUAUACGAUUUUAGAAAAUUCAAAUUUACGAAUCAUAAACUACACAUAAUGUAUACGUAAUACAUAUAUGUAUGCAUAUGUGUGCGCCAUGUAACGCAUAACACAUGUGUGUUAUGCGUUAUCUUUCACUUAUUUUAAGUUUUAAUACUUAUAAUAGUAUAAAAAUCAACUGACAAAAUAAGAAAGAGAAAACUCAGCACUACUUACGAAUAUAAUAACUUCAUCGAUACAUCUAUUGUUGAUUCAAUACUAUAACAAAUAGAUUAUUGUCGAAGUUCUAAUUAAUUUCAAGAUUUGUGUGUUCAAACAAUGAUCACAUGUAUAUCGUAAUAAAGAAUUCGAUUGUUAAAUUUGAAUAUGAUACACCGAUUGUUGAAUUACACCUUGCCAUAACUCUCUUAGAAUUUAUCAAAUCUUUUUACAAAACAGAAUUAUUUCAAUCUGCUAUACUUUGUCCUUCGACAAGUGCUGGAUCGAUGUCCGGUUGAUUUUGGCUUUGAGAAUUUCGCAUUUUUCGUUCAACUGAAACGAACGUUGUUGUUCCAAUAAUAAUCGAAAUGACUAGUAUUAAUAAUUGAACAUGUAGACCAGUUUUACUACUAUAGGCAAAGCUAACUGCCGCGGCUACCGAUUGACAGAAUUUGAAGAGCGCAAACGCUGAUGCACUCUCUACUGCAAAAAGAAUUCCUAGUAAGGAAUAAACCUGAGUAUUGAAGCAAGCGUCGCCAAAACCCAAGGCGAGACUUCCCGCCAUAGCGAGGACAGAAGAGGGCUCAAUGAAACUCUUUUCAUCUGUAUCUAUGAAAGAUGCUGAAUUUGGUAAAUUCAAAUAUAUACUAAUGAAAGCGAAGAGAUGAGUGAAGCAACCAAUAAUAACAACAGGUGAACCACCGCAAGCUUCGGAUACUUUGGAUGCAAAAAUACCGAAUAAGGUACCUCCAACGACUUCACCAAUCCCUACAAAUAUACCUGAUAAACCGAUUAAUCUCUUGCGCGAUUCACCCAUUGCUUUGGUGAAACCUAUACUAGAAGCAUAUACAGCGGAAAAGAAAGUGAGCUGAAGACCUGUAUAAAUGAAUGUAAAAGAUAGAAAAAGCAUCUUUGGUGUAAGGAAAAGAGAAAAUGCGUCUCUCAAAGCGUACCAAGCGGCUAAAAGAGGUUUCUCUUUCGCUGGCUCGGGUAUAUGAAGUUCCUUAUCAGCGCUGGAUACUCCUUCGGCUUCUCCCAGAGCUAAUCUCUGAGAUGGUUUCCUCAAUACUGCUAAAAUUAUUGUGCCAAAAAGUGCUAAGCCAAUGAGUACAAUGAAGACGGUCCGUCGUACUGAUUUUUCAAUAUGUUCACUAUUAAACAUGAAAUAAACGAAAAGAUUGCCGAUGAAAAGAGAUGAUUGAAAUAUCGCCCAAAAGAUCCCAGCGUUUCUUGACAUUGUUUCAUUAUCGCUGUUUUCGGUAAGAUAUUGACCAUGUCCAGUCCAUAUAAAAGCUGCACCAACUCCGAGAAUCGCUGACGCAGUGUAGAGAAAGGCCGGAUGCGGCCAUAGAAAGGACGCUAUAAAAAGAACGUAACAGCAGCAACCAGUGACUAUGGCGAUUCUUGGGCCGGUCAAUAAAAUGUACGAUGGUGCUAGCCAAUUGCAAGUUGCGAACACAGCGUACAGAAUCGCCAGACUAGUAUAUGCAUUAGCGUUGAAAUUAGUAUCUUCAUUGUGUAUACUUGUUAGAACGGUAUUCUGUAAACAAAACAAAUAGACUUUAAUCAGUGCAUAUAUUUUGGCGAUAAUAUAAUAUAUAUACAUAUAAUAUAUAUGUAUAUAUAUAUAUAUAUAUAUAUUUAUAUUUUAAUAGUGUCUAAUUAUCCUCUACGUUUUAAAAGCCUUUAAUGACAAAGAUUCAAAUUUCUCAACAGGACCGUCUUCGAUUUAUACUAAUUUUUGAAAUAUUAAUGCCAGUAGUGAAAAUAUCACGAAUAGUUUUUUUUUAACCCUUAGAGCUCUAUGGACGCAUAUAUGCGUUUGGCGAAAGUCAUCCGUGUAGUCUAAGGCCGCAUAUAUGUGUUUUCUUGAAAUCAUCGGCCAAGACUAAGGGCGCAUAUAUGCGUUUGUCGAUUUUUUCAAUCAAUAUGCAGUCAUUUUUGUGUAAAAUUAAAAAAAAAACAAGAAGAAAGUGUGUUGUUUGCGUAAAGAGUAAGAGAAGGAGCGAUACGAAUGCAAAAAAUGCGAUGUCGGUCUAUGUAUUGAUAAUUGUUUUGAAAUUUUUCACACACAAUUAAAUUAUUAAUUUCUGUUGUAAAUAUCAAAUUAAGUUUAUUAGUUGAUUAUAAAAUUUAAUGUUUAAAAAUUUUAAUGUUUAUAAUAAAUAAUUUUAAUGCUCAAAAAGAAGUCUUUAAUUAUUUAAUCUUCUGUAAACGAAUUACUAUAAUUUAUUACUGUUUGCGCCUUGAACAGUCACUUCAAUGUGGCGAAAAAGUAUUACGGCUCAGCAAUGGUCAGCGAUAGCCGCGCUUCGUCCCUACGGACCGUUUCGGCCGGGAGUAUUCAGAGCUCUAAAGGUUAAUGUCUGUAACAGUUUAACUACAAAAAGGCAUAGCCACAGCACGAACGAAGGAAGUAGCCUAUCACGUUCGAACGUGUGCAUGUAAAUCCCUAUGUACAUAUCACUAUCUAUAGAUAUACGCAUGUAUACAUGUAAGACUUGUGUAAAACUUGGCAAAAUAUUAGGUUGAGUGUAUUCAUGUGUAUACAGAUGUGAAUGGGCCUGGUCAGCGCACCAUAGGGUAAUGAUCAGGCCAAUAUGUAUGUAUAUAUAUGUAUAUGUAUGUAUAUAUGUAUAUAUGUAGGGAGUAAUUGCGUCUCCGGGGGCUCGUGGGCCCCUUUCAAGUGCGGUGUAAUUGUAAAUAGUUGUGGUAUAAGUGUGGAUGAGUGAAUGAGAGCAAGGCGAAUACCGACCUGAUUCACCGAGGAGGGGUACUGGGCGAAUAUGUACUACGUUUAUGCGCAAUACCGCCCACCUCCUCACUCUCUAGUAUUAAGCAUCGGGAGGUUUUUUAGUCGGUAGGCGACCGAACCUGAGAGUAUGUUCAGGUGGAUUGAAUCCGACACUCCCCUGAGUACCGGGCUCAGGGGGCCUAAGAUCUGACAAAAAGAAAAAAAAAAAAAAAAAGACGGCAAAAUAGUACCAAUUUAGAAGAAUACUCGAUUAAUAACAAUAUUACUAAUUUAAAAAAAGGAAUGCAAAAACAAUAGCUAUUUUUGUAAAAAAUAUUUUCGAAAACCUGAAAAUAAUAUUUUUAAUUACCAGUAUAACAAAAAAUUAAUUUAAAAAAAUAAUCAUGACAACUAGAUGACAUCUAUCUUAAAAUAUACGAUUAUGUCGCAAAAAUAAAUAAAUUAAUAAACUUUUCAUUCACUAAUCUAUAAAAAAACACGUAUUUGUAAACGAACAUAUAUCUGAUUGUAUAUCGAUUGAAUGGUUGUGAAUUAUUCAAACAACGAUACACGAAAUGUAAUAAAUUAAUUUUGAUUGAACGAAUAUAUUUUCUUUUAAAGAAAACAUAAUUAUUAAAAACUAUGAAUGUUUAUACAUUAAUUAUAUAAUAUUUUAAUAAAAUUCAUGAGACACAAUCACAGUACUAACAAUAAGAUCAAUAUGCUGCUAUAAUUUUAUGUACAAUUUUCACAUUUAUGAAAACAAGUGUAGUUUAUAUCUAACUUCGUCCCUAUUUCAAUAGAGAUAAUACAGAGAUAUUAACGUUGGAAGGUUGUACAUGCAUGAGACAUAAAUUGUUUCAUAUAAAAUUCAAAAAACUGAUACAUUUGCUAAGUUCUCACAGAACAUAUUGAAGUGAUACUUGAUAUCUAAAGCAUUCUCGAUUUAUCAUAAUUUUUUUUUAAAUCGCACUUCGUCAAUUAUUUUCUUGAUAACUUGUUUAAUAAUUCUUAUUCAAUAUUUGAUUAGAUAAAUGAUACUCUCCACUACUAAAUUGUACAACUAAGUUUUACUUUAGAUAAUAAACUGCUAUGUUACACAAAGAAAAAUAGUUUUUUAAGAAAUAAUGAAUUUUACAUUAUUUAUACUUAACUUUUACAUAUUAUUUAUAU